AUGGUUAAAGGAAACAACACCGAACCCACUGAUUUCACUCUCCUGGGCUUCUUCCCGGGGUUCAGACACAUCACGGUGCUGGUCACCCUCAUCUUCCUCAUCUUCACAGCUGCCUUUGCCAGCAACACUCUCCUGCUCACGCUCAUCUGCCUGGACCCCCGCCUGCACACCCCCAUGUACUUCCUGCUCAGCCAGCUCUCUUUAAUGGAUCUGACUCUGAGCUCCAGCAUCAUUCCCAAGAUGCUCGCCAACUCCCUUUCUGGCUCGCGGACCAUCUCAUUCCUGGCUUGUGGGACUCAGAUUUUCUUCUCCCUGAGUGUAGCCAUUGCAGAAUGCAUCCUCAUAACGUUCAUGUGCGUCGACCGCUAUGUGGCCAUCUGUAAACCCCUCCACUACACGGUCAUAGUCAGCCCCAGGGUUUGUCUGCAGAUGGCUGCGCUGGCCUGGGCUGGAGGGGCGCUCACGUCCCUGGGCCACACUGCUUUCACCUUACGCUUUCACAUCUGCAGCCCCAGAGAGAUCCCCCACUUCUUCUGUGAAGUCAUGGCGGUGCUCAGGACAGUCUGUGAGGACAUCUCAGUCUACGAGAAGGCUGUGGUGGUGACCAGCAUCCUUGUUCUGCUGCUGCCCUUGACGCUCAUCUUGUCCUCCUACGUGGUCAUCUUCCAAGCCGUGCUCCGAAUGAGCUCCCCGGAAGGCAAGAGUAAGGCGCUGGCCACCUGCUCCUCUCACCUCUGCGUCGUGGGACUCUAUUUUGGUCCUGGGAUGUUUAUUUACAUGAGACCUGGCUCUGCCAAGACUCCAAAGCUGAAUCAGGUUUUGUUUCUGUUCGGAACGGUCCUGACUCCUUUCCUGAACCCACUCGCCUAUAGUUUCAGGAACAAAGAAGUUCUCAAUUCACUGAAAAAAUUGGUAGGGCAGUACCAGGAGAGAAGUAUCACUAUCAGUUGA